AUGCAGCCGAGAACUCCGCUCGUCCUGUGCGUUCUCCUGUCCCAGGUGCUGCUGCUAACAUCUGCAGAAGAUUUGGGCUGCACUCCUGGAUUUCAGCAAAAAGUGUUCCAUAUCGAUCAGCCAGCUGAAUUCAUUGAGGACCAGGCAAUUCUAAACUUGACCUUCAGUGACUGUAAGGGAAACGACAAGCUGCACUAUGAGGUCUCAAGCCCAUACUUCAAGGUGAACAACGAUGGCAGCUUAGUCGCCCUGAGAAACGUAACUGCGGUGGGCAAGACUCUGUUCGUCCACGCCCGGACUCGCCACGCGGAAGACAUGGCAGAGCUCAUGAUCGUCGGGGGGAAGGACAUCCAGGGCUCCUCACAGGAUAUAUUUAAAUUUGCAAGAACUUCUCCUGUCCCAAGACAAAAGAGGUCCAUUGUGGUAUCUCCCAUUUUAAUUCCGGAGAAUCAGAGACAGCCUUUCCCAAGAGAUGUUGGCAAGGUGGUUGAUAGUGACAGACCGGAAGGGUCCAAGUUCCGGCUCACCGGCAAGGGAGUGGAUCAAGAGCCAAAAGGAAUUUUCAGAAUCAAUGAGAACACGGGUAGCGUCUCCGUGACACGGAGCUUGGACAGAGAAAUGAUCGCCGCGUAUCAACUGUUCGUGGAGACCAUUGAUGUCAACGGCAAAACUCUCGAGGGGCCGGUCCCUCUGGAAGUCAUCGUGAUUGAUCAGAAUGACAACAGACCCAUCUUCCGGGAAGGCCCCUACGUUGGCCACGUCAUGGAAGGGUCGCCUACAGGGACCACGGUGAUGCGGAUAACAGCCUUUGACGCGGACGACCCAGCCACGGAUAACGCCCUCCUGCGCUAUAACAUCCGGCAGCAGACGCCUGACAGGCCGUCUCCCAACAUGUUCUACAUCGAUCCUGAGAAAGGAGACAUUGUCACCGUCGUGUCACCUGCACUGCUGGACCGGGAGACUCUGGAAAAUCCCAAGUAUGAAUUGAUCAUUGAGGCUCAAGAUAUGGCUGGACUGGAUGUUGGAUUAACAGGCACGGCCACAGCGACCAUCAUGAUUGAUGACAAAAACGAUCACUCACCGAAAUUCACCAAGAAAGAGUUUCAAGCCACCGUUGAGGAAGGGGCCGUGGGAGUUAUUGUCAACUUGACCGUUGAAGACAAGGAUGAUCCCGCCACAGGCGCGUGGAGGGCCGCCUAUACCAUCAUCAACGGAAACCCCGGGCAGAGCUUCGAAAUCCACACCAACCCUCAAAGCAACGAGGGGAUGCUAUCCGUUGUCAAGCCUCUGGACUACGAGAUUUCUGCCUUUCACACCUUGCUGAUCAAAGUGGAAAACGAGGACCCGCUAGUACCCGAAGUCUCCUACGGCCCCAGCUCCACCGCAACUGUCCACAUCACCGUCCUGGAUGUCAACGAGGGCCCGGUUUUCUACCCGGAUCCCAUGAUGGUGACCAAGCAGGAGAACAUCUCCGUAGGCAGCGUGCUGUUGACGGUGAAUGCCACAGACCCCGACUCCCUGCAGCAUCAGACCAUCAGAUAUUCCAUUUACAAGGACCCGGCAGGCUGGCUGAAUAUCAACCCCAUCAAUGGGACUGUUGACACCAUGGCUGUGCUGGACCGCGAGUCACCAUUCGUCCACAACAGCGUAUACACUGCCCUCUUCCUGGCAAUCGACAGUGGCAACCCUCCUGCUACUGGCACUGGGACUUUGCUGAUAACCCUGGAAGAUGUCAAUGACAACGCGCCCUUCAUUUACCCUACGGUAGCAGAGGUCUGCGAUGACGCCAAAAACCUCAGCGUGGUCAUCUUGGGAGCGUCAGAUAAGGAUCUUCACCCAAACACAGAUCCUUUCAAAUUUGAAAUCCACAAACAAACUGUUCCUGAUAAAGUCUGGAAGAUCUCCAAGAUCAACAAUACGCAUGCCCUGGUGAGCCUUCUUCAAAAUCUGAACAAAGCCAACUACCAUCUGCCCAUCAUGGUGACAGAUUCAGGGAAACCACCCAUGACGAACAUCACAGACCUCAGGGUACAAGUGUGUUCCUGCAAGAAUUCCAAAGUGGACUGCAACGCAGCGGGGGCCCCGCACUUCAGCACGACCGCAGUCCUGCUCCUGUCCCUCUUCAGCUUAGCUCGUCUGUGA